AAACAUGGAAUUUACCGAAAAAUUCAAAAAUUCAUUCAAUUCAAUGUAGACGUUAGUAGACGUAUUUAGACGGAUUUUUAGGAUGAAAUUUUGAUGUAUUUGAUUAUUUUACGCUAUAGCUUUAUUCCUGGAGGAUACUUUUUUAAACGAUCAAUUCUUCUUUUAUUUUCUUUGAAAUUAUUUGAAAACGGUGUCCAAUAUGAGCGACAAGCAAAUCAAAAAUCGACAGAGAAUAACUGUGAAACCAAAAGGAUGUCCGAACCCUCUAUUUGAAAAAUGGUUACUAGAAUGGAAAGACGAAGCUGCUAACCGUAACUCAGAUUUGAAAUAUUGUUUCGAUAAGGCCUUACAAUCUUUACGGAAAUACCCUCUGAAAUUGAAAACUGGUCGAGAAUGCUUGAUACUGAAAAAUUUUGGGACACAUUUAUGCGAAAAAUUGGAUAAAAAAUUAGCAGAGCACAAUAAAAACGCAGGUUCAGCCGAUAGUUCAAACUCUGCUGAUGAUCAGAAUCUAGAUCAGAAUGUUCAACAAGUGCAAUCAAAACCAAAAAAAGCCAAACGAAAAAAGGAUCAAAAUCCGGAAACGAAAUCUGACGAGAGUGCUCCGACGUCUCCUAAGAAAAGAAAAUCGUAUGUACCUGGAUACAGAUCGGGUCCAUAUGCGAUACUAAUCACUCUUUAUCAAGAACAACUGAAACCCACCUAUCCUGGAUUUCUCAAAAAAGCCGAACUUCAAGAAAAAGCUCAAAAUCUCUGUGAUUGCUCAUUCGUUAAACCCGAUCCCGGAAGUCACUACACAGCAUGGAGUUCGAUGUCUACACUUUUGAAAAAAGGUUUCGUCAAAAAACAAGGAAAUCCUGCCAAAUUUUCUUUACUAAAGGAAGGAGAAGAGUUGGCAAAAAAGUUGUACGACGAAAGUAAUUCUAGUUCAUCACUUUCGGCAACGAAACCAGCUCUCGAUUAUCUUCAAAAUACCAUUCCAACUACUCAAACGUACUACGGUAUUGAUUUAUCUGACGAUGAAUUGGAUUUCCCUCCUUUAUCUCCGGCACCUUACGUACCCAGUCCUAUCAAACAGAAAUCUAAACCUUCUCCAGCCAAAAAAACUCUUUCAAUGGCAAUUUCUGACAGUGAUACCGAAUCUAAUUUAGAACCAAAAGUUACCAAAACCAAAAAGAAAAGUCCUAAGAAGUUUAAAUCGCCUAGUAAAAAUGUGUGUCCUCUUACCGUAUCAGAUAGCGAAGAUGAGAUGGUAAAUGGAAAUCAAAAGCCCAGCCCUUCUAGCCCUGAUAUAGACUGUAUCGAUUUGACUGAUGAUAAUAUAGAAGACCAAUUCUCAUGGCAAAAUUCCAAACCAAGCACAAGCAGUACCGAUUGGCUUAACGGAUUCAACGCCAAAAAAGAUGAAUUUUCGUGGUCUAAGACCAAACCAAGCACAAGUAGUAACGAGUGUCUCAACGGAUUGAACUCCAAAAAAGAUGAAUUUUCGUGGUCUAAGACCAAACCAAGCACAAGUAGUAACGAAUGUGUCAACGGAUCAAACUCCAAAAAAGAUGAAUUCUGCAGUAACGAUUGGUUUAACGAAUUCAACACAAAAAAAGAUAGUCAGAAUGAUUUUUCCAAACCAUCGUCUUCUGAAACGAAUUCAUAUUCUUCAGCUGCUGAAGUCGAACAGAUGAUAUUUAUGCCAGGCGAUUUUGAAAUUAUUCUUUUAGUGGAUACUGCAGAGACAACAGGCAAAUUUCGAAAUGCAUUGAGCGAUGAUCCGGCAAAAGAGUUGACGAAAUUAGGUACCAAAUUUGAAAUCCGUCAUUUAAAAGUAGGAGAUUUUGUCUGGAUUAGUAGACAUAAAAACGGCAAAGAAUUGACUCUACCUUAUGUUGUGGAACGGAAACGAAUGGAUGAUUUAGGCGGUAGCAUUAAGGAUGGCCGAUUUCACGAACAAAAAUUUCGUUUGAGACAGUGCGGAUUGCAUAAUGUGAUAUACUUGGUAGAAAAAUAUGCCCACGAGAAUAGACUUGGUUUACCAUUGAAUACUUUGCAUCAAGCUGCAAUGAAUACUCAAGUUAUAGAUAAUUUUCAUGUAAAAUAUACGGGAAGCUAUAAUCAUUCUAUGAUGUAUCUAUCUAUGAUGACAAGUUUACUGAGUGAUAUGUUUAAAGAUAAAACUUUAAUUAGUUGUCCUAAAAACAACUUACCUCCAUUUAAUAUCAAAGACGAAUUAGUAUCUUUGAUUACUUUCGAAGAAUUUACCAAAAUCUCAGCUAAAAAUAAGGUGUUGAAAGUUAAUGAAAUGUUUAUAAAACAACUUCUCCAACUGAAAGGAUUAUCUGUUGAAAAAGCUACAGCCAUUACAGAAAUAUACCCCACGCCAAGAAGACUGAUAGCAGGUUUCAAAGAAUGCACCAAACCAGAUUUAUUAUUAGCAAGUAUUCAAUAUGGUGCAUUAAAGCGAAACAUUGGACCCGCUGUUAGUAAAGCUGUUUAUCAGUUGUAUUCUAUCAAAAAAUUCCCAUAAGUUUUUUAUAAUUUAUUGUGCUGACAAAGUUGUGUAAUUUUUUUUUUACGUAUUCAAGUAAAAUUUUUUAAAGACUUUCA